AAUACCAAAAACUUAGAAAAUUGCAAAACCCAUUUCUCUCUGUCUCUCUCAACUAUUAUAACUGUAUCUCAGAAAACUUUUUUAGCUUCACAGAACACUUGAGUAGACUCGGAAACACCCAAAAUCAAUCCAAAUCAACAAAAACUUAAUUCAAAUCGUAGACCCACUUCCAACAUCAAUCUGAUCUGUGCUGGGUAUUGACCAAUUUGCAUUCACGAGCCACAAUUACGAUUCGAUGCGUGAGAAAAAUCUGAACUUUCUCGGGAAACAAACAAAAAGCUGGAAUCUUUGAAAAGUGUGAUUAGAUAAUGAGGCGGAGACCGAUGGAUCUUCGACGGCCGGUGAGGCGGCGGAUUUCGAAUGUGGUGUGGUGGACACUGUGUGGCAUAGUGGUUGUGCUCUUUAUAGUAAUUUUUAGUAAAGAGAGCCAGAUUGAAUCUAGACACUCCCAUACAAAGGGGAGAUAUUAUAGUCGUGAUAGAAUUAUUGAAGGCUUAAACAUUACUGAAGAAAUGCUGAGCGCUAACUCAGUUACCAGACAACUCACCGAUCAAAUUUCUCUUGCAAAAGCUUUUGUUGUGAUUGCAAAAGAAAGCAACAAUCUUCAGUUUGCUUGGGAAUUAAGUGCUCAGAUCCGGAAUUCGCAGGUCCUCCUUUCAAGUGCUGCAACAAGACGAGCUCCUUUAACAAUCAGAGAAUCAGAAACUGCAGUUCGUGAUAUGGCACUUCUACUCUAUCAAGCCCAGCAGCUCCAUUAUGAUAGCGCAACUAUGAUCAUGAGAUUGAAAGCCAAAAUCCAAGCACUUGAAGAACAAAUGGGUUCUGUGACAGAGAAGAGCUCAAAGUAUGGACAAAUAGCUGCAGAAGAGGUUCCAAAAGGUCUUUACUGCCUAGGUAUUCGGUUAACUACUGAAUGGUUUGGAAAUUUAAAUUUGCAGAGAAAAGUCGGUGGAAAAUUGCACGUGGAAGCAAAACUUAGAGAUAGCAGUCUCUAUCAUUUCUGUGUCUUCUCCGACAACAUCCUUGCAACUUCAGUUGUGGUCAAUUCUACUGCAUUAAAUUCCAAAAACCCAGAUCUGGUUGUCUUUCAUAUUAUAACUGAUGAAAUAAACUAUUUUGCAAUGAAAGCCUGGUUUUCUAUGAAUGAUUUCAGAGGAGUGGCUGUUGAGGUUCAGAAGUUUGAGGACUUUAAGUGGUUGAAUGCUUCUUAUGUUCCAGUUCUGAAGCAGCUACAAGACUCUGAAACUCAAAGCUAUUACUUUUCGGGCCAUAAUGAUGAAAAUCGGACUCCAAUCAAGUUCCGAAACCCAAAAUAUCUGUCUAUGCUAAAUCACCUGAGGUUUUAUAUCCCUGAAGUUUUUCCUGCGUUGAAGAAGGUGGUAUUUCUUGACGAUGAUGUAGUGGUACAGAAGGACGUAUCUGCUCUUUUUUCAAUUGAUUUGAACGGCAAUGUGAAUGGAGCAGUCGAGACAUGCAUGGAGACAUUUCACCGAUACCACAAGUACCUCAACUAUUCUCACCCUCUCAUCCGUGACCAUUUUGAUCCCGAUGCAUGUGGCUGGGCAUUCGGGAUGAAUGUUUUCGAUUUGGUCGAGUGGAGAAAAAGAAACGUAACAAACAUCUACCACUACUGGCAGGAAAAGAACGUGGACCGUACGCUUUGGAAACUCGGGACUCUACCACCAGGACUUCUGACAUUCUAUGGACUGACAGAGCCAUUAGAGCCGACAUGGCACAUUUUGGGAUUGGGUUACGCAAAUGUCGACCCUCAUUUGAUAGAGAAGGGAGCAGUUUUGCACUUCAACGGAAACUCAAAGCCGUGGUUGAAGAUCGGAAUGGAAAAGUACAAACCGCUUUGGGAGAAGUAUGUAGAUUAUUCUCAUCCUUUAUUGCAGCAAUGUAAUUUUCAUUGAGAAGCUUCACUCACAAUCAUCCCCUAUUGCGUAAGAAUAUCUAAAUUUUGUAGUCAAGUAUAUGAUUGCGCAAUUUUUACAAGAUCAAGCAUGUCACUGAUUGUACAAGUGCUUGUUGUAGCAUAGACUCUCUAGUUUCCAUUAAUUAUUGAAGGUUAUCAUUUUUUAUUUA